AUGGGUGAGGGUUUACUUCCAGUCGAUCAAGAUUGGCAUAAUUGUGAUUAUGAAAUUAAAGAACAAGAUCGGUAUUUACCCAUUGCAAAUGUGGCAAGAGUCAUGAAAAAAGCUUUACCGGAUCAUGCCAAACUUUCUAAAGAAUCAAAGGAAUGUAUACAAGAAUGUGUUUCCGAAUUCAUAUCAUUUAUAACUAGUCAAGCUGUUGAUAAAUGUGGGUUAGAGAAGAGGAAAACUAUCAAUGGGGAAGAUAUCUUAUGGGCCAUGUAUUCACUUGGAUUUGAGAAUUAUUCUGAGACUUUAAAGAUUUAUUUAACUAAAUAUCGACAA